AUGGAUCAACCCUCAAUGGCUGAAAAGGCUCAAAGUGAGGCAGACACUGAUGACUCGGAUGUGUUCUCUCACCCCAGUUCACCAACCACACACCACAGGCCAGGCCAUGGUGGAGUCCACCGCCAUCACCGAAGGGUGUCCCGUCCCCAUGUGAGGUUUCCCACCAUAGUGGGCUUUAUCACCAAGGUGUGCCUUACAACCAUAGAGACUUCUCCCACUCUGGUAGCCCUGCCCAACACAGUGAGGCCCAUCACCAUGGUGGGCACCACCAUCAUGAAGCCCAUCACCACGGAAGAGCACCGCUAUGGGGAGUACCGUCGUGGUAGCUCCCAACUCUUUGGCCCACACACGUCCCACAGUGUGGCCUCAGCCUCCCUCGGCUCUGCCUGUUCUCGUCAAGUAGCCCCCCAACCUAGCAAGCCAGAUAGACAGAGCUCAGCCUUCAGCUUGGCUCGUUCCCUGAACACAGCGUACUCACACCCUGCCCAGACCUCCAGCAAAGUCCAUCCUCGGGGCUCCUCCUCUAAAACCUCGGAAAGCUGGCCCGAAGAAGACGAGCAGAUUCAGAAGCACAAAACUGGCCGAGCCCCACGAACCCACAAGAAGCUGCACACUGUGGACCUCUUCUAUUUGUUGUGGGAAAAAUUAAGCCACCUCAUGUGGGGCCUUUCGAGAAUGCUCAGGAAACUGACUGACUCCUUGGCCUUUGAAGCCUUCAUCGUCUUCAUCGUCUGCCUUAACACCAUCAUGCUCGUGGCCCAGACCUUCGCUGAAGUCGAGGUCCGGGGUGAGUGGUACUUCAUGGCCUUGGACUCCAUCUUCCUCUGCAUCUACGUGGUGGAAGCUGUGCUCAAAAUCAUUGCUCUGGGCCUCAAGUAUUUUUUGGACCCCUGGAACAACCUGGAUUUCUUCAUCAUGAUCAUGGCUGUGCUGGAGUUCAUGCUCAUGCAGAUCAACUCUUCCUCCAUGCGCGUGGUCUACAACCAAAGCAUCUUCCGCAUCUUCAAGGUCUUCAAGAGCCUGCGAGCCUUGCGAGCUAUCCGGGUCCUGCGGAGGCUCAGCUUCCUGACCAGCCUCCAGGAAGUGACCGGGACCCUGGCCCAGUCCUUGCCGUCCAUCACCGCCAUCCUCAUCCUCAUGUUCACCUGUCUCUUCCUGUUCUCUGUGGUGUUCCGGGCACUGUUCCGCUACUCUGACCCCAAGCGCUUCCAGAACAUCUUCACCACCAUCUUCACCCUCUUCACCUUGCUCACCCUGGACGACUGGUCCCUCAUCUACCUGGACAGCCGAGCCCAGGGCGCCUGGUACAUCAUCCCCAUUCUCAUGAUAUAUAUCAUCAUCCAGUACUUCAUCUUCCUCAACCUGGUGAUUGCCGUCCUGGUGGAUAACUUCCAGAUGGCCCUGCUCAAAGGCCUGGAGAAAGUGAAGCAGGAGAAGGCCUCCCAGAUCCAUGAGAAGCUACUGGAUGACUCACUGACAGAGCUCAUGGAAGCAGAGCCUGAAGAGGUGAUAAGUGGACACACUAUACAGAAGCAGCUCAUUGAGAAAAAAUUUGGAGACAUGACUGAGAAGCAGCGGGAGCUCCUGUUCCACUUCCUGCAGCUGGUGUCCGGGGUGGAGCAUUACCAGCAGAAAUUCCGCUCCCAGGCAGCUGUCAUCGAUGAGAUUGUGGACACCGCGUUUGAGGCUGGAGAGGAGGACUUCAGGAAGUGA